AUGGCGGCAAAUCAACAGGAAACAUAUGUCCGUGCUCGCGAUGAUCCUUAUUUUGAAGGAAUGAGAAGGGGAGAGGCAGCAACAGUAAUCAAAGGUAGGAAUGUUACUUCAAAUGUGAAGCUUCAAGGUGGAAUUGGACGAACAGCCUCAGAUAUUAGCUCCAGGCGAUCCAGAAAGAUUAUUGGCCAAUUACUUGAAAAUCCUUUAUACAAUCUACCACCAGAGACAUCAGCAGCUACUGUUGCAGACACUUCUUAUGGCAAUGCACCUUCUGCAAGAUGGUCGAAGAUUCCAGAAACUUCUCUAUCCCCUUUGUCAGAUACCCAAUCAGCACUCAAGUUUGAGGUGAAGGAUCUCAAUCACUCUCAUAAAGAAUCCUCUCCAUGUAGAGAAAAUGAGGAGCGCAACACGCUAAUUUGUUUUACAAAGCCCGCACUUGAGAAAUCAUACAGCAUAAAUGAAGGAAGAACUAAUCUCUCAAACGUUUUGCUUCCUCCAUCAGCAGCGACAUUUUAUAAUGGGCAUUCCCCACUCAUGGAAGUUGUUGAAUCAUGUGAAAGCAUCUACAGACUGAAUAUGUACCUGAAAGAUAAAAAAGAUGAUAUUAGUGCUGGUGUGCCAGGGAAGUUCUUGCAUGCCGUGAUUGGGCCAGAUAUCUGUGAUGUAGGAUCUGUUGCUUCAACCAUCAUGUAUGCCUUUUACCUGAGUGAAUGGGGUAAGAACACUCAGUUCUGUACUGUGCCUGUUAUCAAUAUGAAUAGAUCAGACAUUAAUUCGCGUGCUGAGCUCAAGUGGCUGUUCGAUUCAUGCCUUAUUGAUCAUUCAUCCUUGGUGUUUCUUGAUGAGAUUGACUUGUCAUAUUAUGAAAUAUUUGGAAGUCUUAAGCUAGUUUUGUCGAACUGCAACCAGCUUUCAGCAAAACAGGAGGCAUUAAAAGAAUCCUUGGUUGAGAUCUUCAGUUGUGGGCAGCACGGGAACACCAAUACUUACCCUUGGGUUGAAAAUAUCACUAUGGCUGAGGAAGCAUCCUGUUGUACGGUCAUCGCGGAAAAGUUUCUACUCACUGCACCAGAGAUAUUGUCGGGGCAAGGAUUUUCUCGGCUUCUGCUAUCGGGCAUUCUAUUGGACACUGGAAAUCUGGGAGAUUCUCAGACUACGUCCAAAGACAAGUACAUGGCGACCUUGUUGAUUAAUGGCGCUGGCCGUUAUGGUUGCAAUGGUCUUUACCAGCUAUUGAGAUAUAUGAUGUAUGACAAGUGUGACCUCAAAGUGGGGGAUAUUCUUCAGAAAGAUUUUAAAAAAUUGACAAGAGUAGGUAAGAUAGAUGGUGGCAAUUCUCGGAUAACGGUUUCAAACUUUGGAAUGAGUUCCAUUGGACUACCAAUCGUACAUCUACUCUCACUUGAUUCAACUUCAAGUACUGAGAUAACACAUUUCCAACGCAUGGAGAAGCUCUCGGUGCUUGCAAUUGUUUCAGGAUAUUUUGAUACUGAAAAGAAUUUUAAGAGGGAAAUUCUGUUCUCUGCGGAAUCAAGUGAACUCAGAAAGUUGAUUCUGUUUAUCAAAUCAAGCGCAACUGACCUGCCUCUUAAAGUUUUGCAUCACCCAGGUUUGAAAGGUGAGAUGAAAGCCUUUGAAAUCACCAAGUUGAAGCACUACGGUCACAAGAACCCUUUGCACAUAGCAGCAAUGUUAGGCCAUGUGCGAUUUGUCGAAGCCAUUCUGAGAUACGAUUCAUCAUACCAGAUGUGUUUGGCUCGUGAUGAAGAUGGUAGGAACCCUUGUCACCUUGCAGCAAUGUAUGGCAGAUUGGGAGUUUUGGAAGUUUUCAUUAGGCCGGAAUUGAUUCAGGCGGCGUUGGAGAAAUCGGAUGGAGGAGGGAACAUUUUGCAUCUCUGUGUCAAGUACAAUCAGUUGGGAUCGUUGAAACUCCUUCUGAGCAAGCUGAAAGAUGCUCGUUUUGUGAAUGCAAAGAAUGAUGAUGGAUGUACCAUUCUUCAUAUGUCCACUUACUCUCACAAGAAACAGAUAAUUGAAUAUCUGUUGGACAUUACCAAGGAAGGAGUAGUGCAGAUGCAUGUGAAGAAUGAGGAUGGAGAAACAGCAUUGGACCUUCUGUUAAGGCGUAAAGUCGAUGCGAACGACGAAAUGUACCUGGAAACUUUAAAGUCUUUCCAGAAAGCUAAAGCGCUGAAAGGCAAUGCAGUGAUUGAUUGGGAUGCUAAGCGAGAGGAGUGGUAUGAACAGAGCAAACAGACAGUAAUGCUUGUGGCCUCGCUUAUAGCCGGUAUGGCAUUCGCAUUCGGGGUAAACCCGCCUGGCGGUACUGUGUUGGUGAACGUAGGAGAAGGUUCAAACGCGCCCAAAGUGAUAAAACCAGUGUAUCUCUCAACUCUAUCCUCGAAUUUACGAAGAGAUGAUCGUACUGAACGCUAUUUGUUUUGUUUUGUCGUUCGCCGAUAA